GAUUUCACUAUGUCAUAUGCGAAAAGACCUGGAAACAGAACAACAAAUAUUCUUUCGAGUAGCGAACGUGUUUUUCAAACAUUCUUUUCAAACUUCGAAGCUGUGCAUUCCAGAACCCUCUGGAAGCCGCCUGACCGCAACAAUGGCAUCCCUAGUAGCCCAUCUCCCAAGCACUAUCAACUACGCCGCAUUAGCUGCGGUUGCUGGCAUCUUUACCGUCAUCUUCGUUCUCCACCGAGCCGUGUCGUCUUCUGCCACAUACCCUAAAGACCUGCCAUUGGUAGGAGAGCCCGUUGGUCGGAGAAGAUUCAGCCUUCGAACAAGAUGGAGAUACUACUCAGAUUGCGUUUCCUUGUACAAAGAGGCCUACCACAAUUACUCCAAGAAAGGAAAGGUGGUCUUAGUGCCGGGGUUUGGCUUCGGCAUGGAGAUCAUACUGCCUGAGAGCUGCUUGCAGUGGGCUCAAGGACAACCAAACGACGUUCUCAGCGUAACACAAGCAUUUAUUGAGAUCAACCAGACCCAGUAUAGUCUCGGCCAUACGAGAUAUUGGGGAGAUGGAUGGCAAUUCACAUUGGUGAAGACGCAACUCAGUAGUGUCUUGCAAAGUCUCAUUCCUGCAUUGGACGAGGAGCUGCAGCACGCUUUUGACAAGCACUUUGGUACCAACAGCCAAAGCUGGACAGAAGUGCCACUGGAAAAAACGCUCAGAAAGAUAGCAGCGCAGGCUUCUAGCCGUUUCACCGUUGGCUACCCACUAUGCCGCAACGAUGAGUACCUCGAUCUGACUUACCGUAUCAUCGAUGGAUUGAUGUUGGGCGCCAUAUUUGGAAAUUCAGCACCUCGCAUGCUACGAUGGCUUGUUGGCCGACUCGUGGGAUGGAACACGCACCGAAACAUUGACAAGAUCAAAAAAUAUUUCAGACCGCUGUAUCAAGAGCGAUUGGAAGGUCUCAAGUACGAGAAAGACGAUCCAGCCCACCCGGAGCCACGCGACCAUGUACAAAUGAUGAUGCGGUUUGCUGAAAAGAAGAGACCCCGAGAGCUUGUGGACUUCGACAUCAUGACAAAGCGUCUCUGCGCGGCCAACUUUGUGAGCAUUCAUCAGACCACCAUAACAGUCACCAACAUGUUACUCAACAUCAUUGGUUCGGAUGCCGAAUUCAACACCAUCACCAUUCUACGAGACGAGGUCAUCCGAGUUCUGGGUAGUGACGAGGCAGGCUGGACGAAAGAAAAAUUCGCCCAGAUGACCAAGACUGACAGUGUUUCUCGCGAAACAAUGCGUCUCAACUUGUUUGGCAAUCGGACCAUGAUGCGGAAAGUGAUGAAGGACGGAGUCGUCACUGAUGACGGGAUCAAACUUCCCAAAGGCUCGAUUUUCUCCUUUCUCGCUCAACCAGCUCAGUGCGAUGAGGAGAAGUUCGCAGACCCAUUAAAGUUCGAUCCUUUCCGGUUUUCAAGGCAGCGUGAGGCUUCCACGCAGGCCGAAGAGAAUGCGGCAGAUGGCUUGACCUUUGUGUCAACAGGGCCUGAAUAUUUGCCUUUUGGUCAUGGUAAGCACUCAUGUCCAGGGCGGUUCAUGGUCGACUACGAGUUGAAGAUGAUUGUGGCUUAUGUACUCAUGAACUACGAUAUUGAUUUCCCCAUCGACUAUGCGGGCAAACGACCGGCUCAUGUGUGGUUGUUGGAGGUUGGUAUUCCACCACCCGGAGCCAGAAUCAGGUUCAAGAGGCGAGCGCAGGAAUUUGCCGCCUAAGCUAUGUUUAUCUCAUAGUACACACUUUACAGCAGAGUACGAUGAAUUCGAUAGCUACGAUGAUUAUGGCGAAACAUUGUCUUGAUAUUUUCCAAUAAUGUAUACUAUCCCGCGC